AUGACGGAGUCGGAAGUAGCUCAGCAAGCUCGCCGGCUAUCGGCCGACAACCAAACCAUCUCGAAGUCUGAUAUUCCCUUGAAGGAACGGUUCUUCCGGUACUUCCAGCAUGAAAUCACCUCCUUGCAGAAUUCGAUGGACCGUCUCGCCGACACGUCCCUAGUAGGCGGAGAACGAGCCGAUGCGACAGACCACUGCCUUGCUGGAAUCGUGCGGCUUUCAAAUGAAGUGAAGGAUGCCGCCAGUUACAUCCCGACUUACGAUCAAAGAGUCUACGCUGAGGCCAUCAAAGCCUUACAAGACAAAUUGACCGAGAUCCGUGCAUCAUUCGAGCCUCGUUCAAAAUUUAGCUUCAAAACCAAGAAGAAUGCGUCUGCUAUUUCUUUGCAUGAUGCAGCGACGUUGGCUGCCCAGGGCCGUCGGACUGUUGCCGGUUAUCGAUCCCCAGGCGCAUCCUCGGUUGGGUCUUCUGCCAACCACACCCCGAACUAUCCCUCCACUCCGUUGAAUGAGCCGGAUAAACAGCAUUGGGCAAGACCCGAGAUCACGCCUACUUCACACUCUGGAACUCUGCUUGGAGGCAAUGAGAAGGCAUCACCCGAUGCGAAGCCCCGAUCGGGCUUCGCAGCCAGUGGCAUUUCUUCGGUCUCGGUGGAUAACCACCACAAUCUGCACAUCAUGCUUCCGGCUUCGGGAUCAACAUCUUCAGUUCCCGCCUCGAUGACUGCUCUCAGACACUGUAUUGUGGACAUGUCUAUUCCCACCGUGAAUGGAAAGCCGUAUGCCAGCUUGACUAUAAGGGAUAUCAAGCAGAGUCUUUUAAUCUGCAAUCAAGUCAAUGGUCCUGCCCACAUCACUGGUGUUGAGAAUAGCGUCAUAGUAGUCUCUUGCCGCCAGUUCCGCAUGCAUCACUGCAAGAAUGUCGAUGUUUAUCUCAGCUGCUCAAGCAACCCGAUCAUCGAGGACUGCUCGGAUAUUCGCUUUGGCCGGACUCCCAAAGCCCAUGCUCUGGAUCAUGACCGCCCAGAUCACCAAGACCAUUGGAGUCAGGUGGAGGACUUCAAAUGGAUCAAACCCGAACCAAGCCCCAAUUGGAGCUUAUUGGACCCAAGCGAUGCUAUACCAGAAGAAGUAUGGACAGAGAUCGUUCCCGGCGGGCCGGGCUGGUCGCUUGACGAUAUCUUGCGAGCCAUCAAACUUGUGCAGGGAUAA